AUAAGAGACGUGGAUGUAUUCGCUCCUACAAGGAGACGGUUCAGGAUACAGAAGUAGGAGUUUCCAUUUAAGAAAAAAUAAAAUUAAGUCGAAAUAAAAGCAGUUUCUCUACUUUGCACUGAGACGAGGAGAGAGACUUGUGGCCUUUCAUCCCAGGCAUGAAGGAAUUGCUGCUUUUGGUGUCCGUGGCCUUAUGGGUAAACGGGCCCCGGGCGACACCCACGAAUGAGACGGAGGAGAAGGUGGAGAUGGCCUCCACGGACGACGUCAACGUGCUGAUGUACGGGGUGCUGCAGUUCAGCGAGGUCCUUCACAGUACCUACCAUAACACUGACAGCAAGCUCACCCGCAUCGCCGACACCCUACAGCGGCAACAGGGGGCGCUGGAGCGACUGAAGGAGGAGGCGGAAGGUGCGGCACAUACAGAAGAGCAGCUCAAACAUGCCCUCGCCAUGCUGCAGACGCAGACGGCUGGACUGCAGCAACAGGCGACAGAGCUAGGGGGCACUGUUAGCAAAGUGGAGCAGGAGGAGGUGGAACUAAGGAACCAGGUGACCACACUGGAGUCGGCCCUCAAGGACUCCGCCCCCGGCAAAAUCAACACACUGAAGGAGCUAACGGAUCAGAACGCUGGUGUUCUGAAGGCCUUGGUGAAAUGCAUGCAGGACCAAAGGAAAAGUCUGGAGGACCAGAAGCAGCAGCUGACCGGCCUGCAGAGGAUGAUGCAUGAGCCGGGCAGCCCCCCGCUCUCCUUCAUCAGUUGAAGUUGAAAGCUCCACCCUACACUGCUCCUCACUGCGGUCAGACACGCAGAGACAGACACGCACACAUGCACACACUGUCACGGUUUCCCAUGCCUCUUGAUGAGAAACGGCAGGCCUUCCGUGCUAGAAUCUUCAAACAUGAACUCUAUUUGGGCCCAGUUUCAGAAUAAAUACGGAGCAAAAAUGCA